GGAGGAGGGCGUGAACGUUUGGAGAAGAUGAAAAUUUUUCGCAGCAGACUUUUCGCGGACUGGUGAAGAAUCCUGAGGGAAAUGUGGAUGGUACAUGUUUGAAUGUUGGAGAAAGGAGUAGAAUAGAGUUGAGGCGUGUUGUUUGAAUUAUUUUUGUUGGCAUGUUUGGACAGUGAAGGAUUUGGCGAAACGUGGCCGAAACCAAGUUGGCUGUGAAAGCUUUUCUUCCUUGCCGUAUCUGAUGGAUUAUGAGCUCUGGUAAAGCGUCGAAAUACAACCAUUUCUCAGGAGGAGCUGCGUCCGCUGCAAGCAUCAGUGCCUGUUCGUCUGAUAUCAACAACACGGCCAGAAUGGAGAACACAUUUGCGCCGUCAUUUUCAGGAGUUGCCCCAGUUAGCAAAGCUGAGACAGCCAGUAAUUAUAAACAGCACCGUCGAACACCUUCUACCUCCAGCACGCUGACUUUCUCCGCUCGAGACGAUGACGACAGCAUGCCACCCAUCGGUACUUCACGUGGUUCGGACUCAGCCAUCUCCGUCCGUUCUCUUCACUCGGAGUCCAACAUGUCCCUGCGCUCAACGUUCUCCCUGCAUGAAGAAGAGGAGGAUACGGACCCACAGGUUUUUGCUGAACAGCCUUCAGUUAAAUUGUGUUGUCAGCUGUGCUGUAAUGUGUUUAAAGACCCCGUCAUAACCACAUGUGGGCAUACCUUCUGCAGGCGAUGUGCCUUAACUUCCGAGAAAUGCCCAGUGGAUAACUCGAAGCUCACUGUGGUGGUGAACAACAUUGCCGUGGCCGAGCAGAUCGGUGAACUCUUCAUUCAUUGUAAAUAUGGUGUCCGCCCCACCGCUUCAGGAAAACCAACUGCCUUCGAGGUGGAUCCACUCGGCUGCCCUUUCACCAUCAAACUCAGCACCAGGAAAGAUCACGAGGUGAGCUGUGACUACCGGCCGGUACGUUGCCCAAAUAAUCCCAGCUGUCCUCCCCUGCUCACUAUGAACCUGGAGGCUCAUCUGAAGGAGUGUGAACACAUCAAGUGCCCACAUUCAAAAUACGGAUGCACGUUCAUCGGGAAUCAGGACACGUAUGAGACGCACCUGGAAGCGUGCAAGUUUGAGGGGCUGAAGGAGUUCCUGCAGCAGACAGACGAUCGCUUCCAUGAGAUGCAAGUGACUCUGGCUCAGAAGGAUCAGGAUAUUUCCUUCCUACGCUCCAUGCUGGGCAAAUUGUCCGAAAAACUCGACCAGCUCGAGAAAAACCUGGAGCUCAAAUUUGAUGUGCUGGAUGAGAACCAAAGUAAACUAAGUGAAGAUCUAAUGGAGUUUCGUAGAGACGCCUCAAUGCUUAACGAUGAGCUUUCACAUAUUAACGCCAGACUUAACAUGGGCAUCCUCGGCUCCUAUGACCCUCAGCAGAUCUUCAAGUGUAAAGGCACAUUUGUGGGUCAUCAGGGUCCAGUGUGGUGUUUGUGCGUUUACUCCACCGGUGACCUGCUCUUCAGCGGCUCCUCAGACAAAACCAUCAAGGUUUGGGACACCUGCACCACAUACAAGUGCCAGAAAACUCUAGAGGGCCAUGAUGGCAUUGUGUUAGCACUGUGUAUUCAGGGGAAUAAGUUGUACAGUGGCUCAGCAGAUUGCACCAUCAUUGUUUGGGACAUCCAGAACUUGCAGAAAGUGAACACGAUCCGUGCACAUGAUAAUCCAGUCUGCACGCUCGUCUCCUCACACAACAUGCUCUUCAGUGGAUCACUCAAAGCAAUUAAGGUGUGGGAUAUUGUGGGCACGGAGCUGAAGCUGAAGAAAGAGCUCACUGGUCUGAAUCACUGGGUCCGAGCUCUGGUCGCAUCUCAGAAUCACCUGUAUAGCGGAUCCUACCAAACCAUUAAGAUUUGGGACAUUCGUUCUCUGGAGUGCGUCCAUGUCCUCCAGACCUCCGGGGGCAGCGUUUACUCCAUUGCAGUCACCAACCACCACAUAGUUUGCGGCACUUACGAGAACCUCAUCCACGUGUGGGAUAUCGAGUCUCAAGAGCAGGUGCGCACGCUAACGGGACACGUAGGAACGGUUUACGCUCUGGCCGUCAUUUCUACUCCAGACCAGACCAAAGUGUUCAGUGCCUCCUACGAUCGCUCACUUCGGGUGUGGAGUAUGGACAACAUGAUCUGCACGCAGACUCUGCUGCGUCAUCAAGGCAGCGUCACUGCACUGGCCGUCUCGAGAGGACGCCUCUUUUCUGGAGCCGUGGACAGCACUGUGAAGGUGUGGACCUGCUAAACAAUGAACAGCUUCGCAAAUGACACAACGGACCUUCAGUUGCUUCCAGCGGCGUGUAAAAACUGAUGACGUGGUGAAGUUGCAUCACUUUUAAAGAUACCAGCAUGAGCAGGAGAGACCUUUUUCCCUGUAUUGAUCUGUUUCUUGUGACGUGGACACGAUUUACCUUGCUUCACACAGCCUCGGACCAGGACUGCGGCAUCGCCUUAAACCACUCCAAAUGACCAGCGUGUAAGCAUCAGCAGUGACGAGACUGAAUAUACAGUUCUGUAUGUAGAUGUUUCACUCAGUUAUAACGGUGGCUUCUCUGAACAGAAAGCCACGAUAUGAUAAAUCAUGUCUGAGAUGCCUUCUCUACUGGGAUCAUCCGAACUGACCACCUUAACUUUUCUCCAGUAACAUUUUCAACUGUUUACGAAGCACCCGGCUGGGAACAAAUCGCUUCUCGAUUGAAUCACGCGACGUGACGUGACGUGCUCACACCACGAGUUUAGCCUUGAUUUUGCGCUUCAUCUUUAACCACGUGUUUACACUGGCAGCCAUGUGACGCGUCAAAGCAGGUGAAAUUCACGCGCAGUCACGACGCAGGGUUAGCGUUCGACACUUCAGAGAUGCCACGGCGAUUUCCAGCAUGCGGGGAAACAAUGCGUAAUGAAUCUCGGUAUGCGAGCACAGUGUGAUCAUGGCGAAGGACAGUGAGGUCUGCGUGAAACAGGAAACGGAGGGAGCAGGUGUAGCAACAACUACAUGAUCAAGCUACAAACAGCUAAUCAGUAUUCAGUGUUGCAAGAGCAUUUCUGAUCCUAGUCCCGAGAGCCAGCUGAUUCUGUAAGUAGAGGUGGGAGGGAAAAAAAUGAAUAAAACCUGUUUAUAUGACGAUGCUACAUCACAGGUUUUUCAUCCAAGCAGCUUUAUGACUAACGUUCGUAUUGCCAAGUGAGAAAGGAUUUUUUUUUUUUUUUUAAACUGUAUGUACUUAAUCGCCGAAUCAAUCAACAGUACACCAUGUUGAUGGAAAAACGAAUGGUUUUCAAUGCACCGUUGUUCACUUACUUAGUAAUUGAGUCCACUUGGCCAUCUUCAUCAGCUCGGAUGAAGGAUCGAGCGAUUAUCUUUUUGAAACGGUGGACAAAGCUGUUCAUAUCUGAGAUGUAAACAGUAGCAAUAACAUACUUGACAGGAUUCCGUUCCAAGUCCUGCAUUCAUUACUGCAGUUACUUGUGUAGCUAGAUAAAAAUCCUCCUGUAGAGCUAGCCGAGAAGAGAGCGAGCGAACUGAUAAGCGGGGGUGUGUUAGACUACGUUCAGACUGCAGCCUGAAACGACCCAUAUCCGAUUUGUUGUGAAAUCCGAUUUUUUUUCUUAGGCCGUUCACAUUACCAAUUAUAUGAGACUUGUAUGCGAUCUCCAAUAUGAACGGAAAACGACCUAAAAGUGUCCCGCAUGCGCAAAUUGACACGUAAUAAGCACAUCUACGUAAUACGUAAACAAAAAAAAAAAAGCACACUCUUCAAGUUUGCAAGUAAAGCAUGGAGAUGAGGCGAGACCUGGCGAUGUGGUUUUUGUGGCGGCGGCGGCGGAACUCACACAAUAAUCUGAUUAAUGUGGGCAGCAGACUAACGAGACCGAAGGUGUCAAAUUACUGGAAAUUUCCAGAACUGUUUUAUUUAAUCAGGCUAAGAGAUCAACGUCCAGGUCCCUACCAAAUCCACCAUUAGCUUGAUCAAUUCUAUAAAAGUCUAUUUAAAUUCUGAAAACUGUACAAAUGUUGUUGCUUUCCACCAAAGAGGCGGGAUUAGCCAACGCAGAAUAGUGACGUUUGUCUCUUGUUGAUGACGUGUAGGUCGCAUGAAUGCGACCUGUCCGGUCAGACUGCAGUCGCAUGUGAAAAUAACGGAUAUGCAUUGGAAUUAGGACCACAUAUCCAAGCGGCCUGGGUCGCAUGUGAAAAAAAUCGGAUCUGUGUCGUUCAGAUUGUCAAUAACAAAUCGGAUACAGGUCGCAUAUGGGCAAAAAAAUCGGAUAUGGGUCGUUUCAGGGUGCAGUCUGAACGUAGUCUUAGUGUUGCUCGUACACACUCGUGAUGUAAAAUUUUGUCCAGGGACGUCAGAGAGGGUGUAUAAAGCAGUAUUGAAGCACUGGGUGUUUUAACUAUUAACCCAAAUUAUGACUGUAUUACAGCUGGUGAUAGAGCAGUGCUGUGAGCAGCUCCAGCUUUGGUGUAUGUGUGUGUGUGUGUGUGUGUGUGUGUGGGUGUAUAAUGCAAAAUCCACAUCACAACAGGUCCAACUGUCUGGGUGUCUCACCACGAAAUGCAGUGGUGUUUUCUUUCGUCACACAUGCACUCCUAACAUAUAGUGUUAAUCACAGUUGAUUGAGUUAUUCCACUCUUUUGUUUUACUGUACAACGUACCUACUGCUCUCAGCCAAUCAGAAUGCACUGUACUGGAGUAAAGAGUAGACAAGUGCCGAUAAUACAUUGCCAUUGUCAUUGAUAAUUGCUUACGUUUUUAUCAUGGCUCAUGACAUUAUUACAAUAUUGAAUAAAUAGUUCUGACGAA